AUGGGAUAUUACGACGAGACCGGUGAGUAAUAAAUAGUCAUUCUCCCUCGUUACCCAACCGGCCUUGUCAUUCCUUCACCUUGCACCUGCAUUCUAAUUCCUCCUUUUCAGGACACUACCACUCCUUCCGUGAAAGUCUCCACAAAAUGGCCGACCGCGUUCUUCAUCACGAUGGCGACCGCAUCGAGGUUGUCCGCGAGUCUCGCCCUGUCUCCGGCCCCAAGAAUGGCAACAACGUCCCCAACACCGUUACCAUCCCUUGCCACCACGUCCGCAUGGGUGAUAUCUUGAUACUCCAGGGCCGACCCUGCCAAGUCAUCCGCAUCUCCACCUCGUCUGCUACCGGCCAGCACCGCUACCUGGGCGUCGACCUUUUUACCAAGCAACUCCACGAGGAGUCGUCCUUCAUCUCCAACCCGGCUCCCAGCGUCGUCGUCCAAACCAUGCUGGGCCCCAUCUUCAAGCAGUACCGUGUGCUCGACAUUCAGGACGGCUCCGUCGUCGCCAUGACAGAGACUGGCGACGUCAAGACCGGUCUGGCGGUCAUCGAUCAGUCCAACCUGUGGAGUCGCCUGACCAAGGCCUUCAAUGCGGGCCACGGUAGCGUCCGCGUCCUCGUUCUCAACGACGGCGGCCGGGAACUUGUCGUCGACAUCAAGGUGAUCCACGCCUCCAACUUGUAAAAUGUUCGACGGGAUGUGUCGACCGCGGCGACGGUCGGCAGUCUAGUGUAUGGAUCUUGCCUGUUUAUUAGUCCCGGCCCCACCUCACCAUUCAGUUGGAACGACCCCCUUUUUUGUGCAAAUGGUUCACGAUGGAGUCGCGGUUGAUCUUCAAGAUUGCUCCCUAGAUCCUUCGCGUAGUAAUGUAUGUGGAUGGGAACACGAAAAGGACGUUACGGAUUAUGGCAUAUGUUCAAUGAUACAUAGCUGUGUAUAUGGAUGGUAAUACAAUGUCAGGUCUCUAGCGUACACCGCGAUGACGCUCCCCUUUUUGUGCCUUAGCUCUCGUUUGUGUUG